UGAGAGUCAGUGAGGUGUGAGAGAGAACCACGGGAGAUUUACCCUGUGCGAUGCGCAGAUCUCCCUUGCUCAGCUCCUCCUCAGCUCCCACUUCGUAGUACUACACUCACAGCGACGCAAGCCGGGUCCGCGGGGGCGAUCCGCAGCCGGAACCCCAAUGACGAUCCCUCGGGCGCUAUGUUUCCCUGCUAAAUGGCCAGGCCGUGCGGAGGAAGUAACCGAAGCCGUGACGAGUGACGACAAGGGACCCACGCCUGGCAAUGUGGUCGCUGGUUGCCGUUCCAAGGCUGCUUGCUGCAGGUGCCUGUUUGCUGCCUGCCCCUUUGCAAUGAACACCCCCCGUACAGAGAGCACGUGGAUCGAUUUGGCUCUUGUAGAAUGAUUGGACACUAGACUGGCA